GUGAUAGUUAUUGUACACGAGGAAACGCUGCCCUGUGUGUAUGUUUCAGCUGUAGAGUAGAUAGAUAAGUUAUGCCGCAAUGAUUUCUCCAGUUUUAGAUGAACCUGACCUGGGGACACUUUUUAGAUCCUUUGUUUCAGAGGAUGAUCUAGGACAAGAUGUCAGAGAUAAGCUCCAGUUAUUUUUGGAGAGGCUUACAGAGAGUGCAAGGAGCACAACAAAACGGGUUAAAGAGCGCUCCCUAGAGGAGGCAUUGCAGAUCCUGAGGAAAGUCCCACCGCCUCUGCUGCAGCCGCUGAAGUCUGAACAACAUCGGCGUCUCGUUCAGCUCCUCCUGUCAUCGCAGAUAGAUGCGGUGAACACGUCUGCAUCAGCCUGUCGCAAACUAGACCAGAUGUUGCAACACCUGGCUCAGGCCAACAAGUCUUUAGUAUUUGACGAGGUCCAACAAUGUCUUCACAGACUACUCCACCAGGAGCAGGUGUUGUCAUUAAAGGACCUUCAAAUAGCGUGUAUGUUCCUGGAGGAGAGCACGAUGGGCCGAGAAGGUUUAAGACUAGCGUUUUCAUCCCUGCUGUGUAAAAUCACCACGUUGUUACCUGACAUUAUGGAAGACGAAGCAUCAAGAAACGGUGCUAUGUGUUAUCAGGCAGUCAAGGUGUGUCUGCAAAUGUUCCAGCUGCUGCCCGAACAAGUGGUGCCUCUGGUCUUUUCAGAUCAGGAAGACAAGCCUUAUAUGAGAGAGAUUCUGGGAUUUCUUAUGAACAUUAUCUUAGGAGAGGUGUGUAACAGGGACACACGGUUGUUGGCAGGCACAGCUGUGGCCAUGCUGAUCUCCGUAGCACCUGACAGUGAGAGUGGAACUUCAUCAGCCUCCAGUUUACUCCAGGUUACCGGCACAGAACAGUGUAGUUUGACACUAGGGCAGUUGCAGGUAGACUGUUCUCCCAGAGGCUGUGAUGGAGUUGACAGACUGAGUGUAUCCAGAGGACUCCUGACCUGCUUAAAGAAGGACAUACUCGUUCACCAGAGUACAGCCCAACAGACCUGCCUCCUCCUAGACGGGUUGUUUCCUCUUGUCUCAGAUUUGCUCAGAGAGAAACUGGACUGUCACUACUAUGUGUUUCAAGUGUUUAUCUUGUGGCUGAAAAGUGUGAAAGAAUGCCUGCCCGAGAUUAGGGAGAUCUCCGGUGCUUCUUUUCUUGGAGAACAUUCAACCCUAAGAGACAAACUCACACAAAUCAUUUGGGACAAUGCAGAGAGCCCGAUAGAGGGCGUGUCUGAAUCGGUUCGCACUGCCUUCAGUUUGUUCCUGGAGAUUUAUGAGCUGGACUGUCGGCUUUCUGGAGAUGCUGAGAAACGGCUUUAUGUCGACUUAUUGCACAGGAUUGCGGAGUUGCCGUGGGAGUCCAGGGCCAAGUACUCACCGCUCAGUGGCCUCCUGCAGUACAUGGGUACAGACAAGGUCCUGGAACAGUAUCCGACUCUUCCAUCUCAUAUCUAUAAGUGCCUCUCCACUAAUCACCUUGCACCUUGCGCCUCUGAGACCUACAAGUUGCUGCUACAGGAGCAAAGACGAGAGCUUAGCGUUAAUACAGUGAAGGAAGCUCCGCCCACUGAGCUACACCUAGCUGCACACUGGGUGCAGCGAUGGCAACCAACAAUCCUGACUGCUCUGACCUCUGAUGUCACUCAAAUUCAGAGUAACACCUCUAGCUACCUCCUGCCCUGCACCCUGCGCUGCUUCCCGGGAGCGUUUGACUCGCUGCUAGCUGCUCUAGAUCCUGCUGUCCCGGGGCACCUACGAGCAUGGGUUUGUAUCAUGAGCGCCCAGCGAACAGUAAACGGUCAUCUGUAUUGGAUUUCAGAGAGCAACUUGGUAACACUCCAGCUAGCCUUGUCGUCUCUGGAUGCCGGGGUGCGCUUAGCGGCAUUCAAUCUUAUCUGCUGCAGCCUGAAGACUAAAGAACCUCCAGCGGAUGUGGAAUACGCUGCCGUGAGAGAUUUUCUUCCUUUGAAUCUGAACAGCGAGUCGUCUCCGUUUCGUCAGCACCUCCAGGCUGCGAUCAGGAAAUUCCUCGUGCGUAUUCGGGACAGUUGUAUGGCGAUCCUCAAAGGUCAAAAAAGUAAAAGAGGUCUGAGCAAAGAAGAAGAGAAGGAGCUUGAACAAGGCAUAGACUUUAUUGACUGGCUGGCGCAGUUGCCGUUAGUUUCCUUGGCUCCUGGAAACAGCUUCCAGAGAAAGAAGACAGCUCUUCUGCUGCUAGCUGCAAUUCUGGAGACCUGCUCAGACUCCUGGAGUCCAGACAGGAAGAAGGGUCAGCCACCAGCUAACAUGUCCGAGCUGAUAAACUGUGCAAGACAAAGAGGAAAGUGGGAUUUUUACUGCCGGUCAAGACAACUGGUCCUGAUUGGCUGUUUGGAGGAUGUGACCAAUGAGAUCCGUGAGCAUGCGGCUGAGCUGCUGGUGAGGUUUUUCCCGCAGUCUCUGGAGUCUGACGUCGCCGCUGCGCUGUUUAACCGAGCAGAGAGACGUCUGCACAGCCCACGUGUCCAGGAGGCCCAGAUGGGGGCUCUGAUGAUCAAACUUCUGCUGCAGAAGCGUGUGUCUCUGGAUGGUGUGGUGUCAGAGGCUCUGAAUCAGGAUGACGUGCAGUCAAUCAGGCUGAUCAGACACCUACUACAGACUCUGGAGAAACAAUACCUGACCGCCAAACAGGACAUGCUGCUCGCUGCCCGCUCCUCACCUCUACAUGGUGCGGUCAGUGCUGUUCACAAGUGUAUGCUGGACGUUCCCGGGGUUUUGGCUGAAGCUUUAGACAGCAAUAUGAUAGCAGAAAUGCUCUCACUGCUGGAGAAGAUCACGCUCCUGCUGCUGGGUGUGUUGUACGGAGAUCAGAACAUGGAGGACAAAGAAGUCCCGCCUUCAUUCUGUGACAUGGGAAACGCCAUCAGCUCUCUGAUUGGACACAAUGGAGCGGAGGUAGAUGAUGACGGAGAAGAGAACGUGCUGCUAUCUGAAGAGCACAGUCUGGUGCUGACCUGCUGCUGGGUUACGCUGAAGGAAAUAGGGAUUUUUCUUGGCUCUCUGGUUGAGAGGAUUCAAUCACUCACUCAUAGGGAUAGAACACUGCUAACUGUAGAAGAUCUACAAAAGGCUUCGAAAGUAUUUAAGGACAUUAUUCUUAAAUGCCGGCACUGGGGGGCAGUAGAAGGCUGCUGCAUUGGAUUCACUAAAUUCUGCACUGUCCUUCUUACCAGCUCUGAUCCAAAGCUCAGAGAAAUCCCAAACCGCAUUCUACAGCAGGGUCUGUGUGUCCUUCAGACUCCCCGCAGCACUUCGGUGACGAGACGGGCAGCGGGUUUGCCGAUGCUUAUUCUUGGCGUGUUGGCAGCAGAGGAGAGCAGCACCUCUCACCCAUUACUGGCCCACACUAUCAGCACACUGCUGGAAAUAGCUGGAGCUCCACUGCCCCAGAACUGGGACCAGACCCUUGAUCUGCCCCAAGUGUGUGCCGUUCACACAGUUCAGGCGCUAGUGAAAGGCUCCAGUCUGGGGUUGACUAUUCUUCAGUACGCUCCUGAGAUCACCAUCCUGUCACUCACACUCCUCAGCUCUCCUUGUUGGGCCAUGAGGAAUGCUGCACUUCAGCUUUACAGUUCUCUCUGCUCCAGGAUGUUGGGUCAGAGGCCUGCUGGUGAUGAUGUCUCUGCCCAGUAUGGCAUGUCCUCCCCGGCUUUUUUUAAGCAUUAUCCUGCAUUAAAGCCCUUCCUCCAGGAGGCAUUAGAAAAAGCAGCCACAGACCUUCAUGAAGCCAGACUGAGCCUUCACCCCUCUCUCUAUCCGAUCCUGACCCUGCUGGCCAAGCUGCAGCCUGGAGCUCAGGAGCAAACACAAGCUCUGUCAGACUUCCUGCCUCCGCUGCUCCAGCUAGUCGCUAGCCCAGUAUAUGGUGUGAGAGCGAUGUCAGCCCAAGCCCUGGUUGCUAUGAUACCACCUACAGAGUAUGUGGCAAGCGUCCUGAGAGUGGUGGAAGAGCUGCGGGAGAAGCCAAGUAGCCCAAGCUGUCACAACCGCAUGCAUGGCCAACUCCUACAGAUUAAAGCCGUUCUGACCAGAGUGCUUCACCCUGACAACCCUCGCCCACCCUCUCUGUGUGCCGUGGUGGAGGCGAUGGAGGUCCGAAUUUGGCUGGCAUCCCAUGAGCAGAGGUGUCCUUUGGUGCGCCAGGCAUACGUAGCCGUGCUGGGGCUGCUGAGAGAGAACUGCUCGAAGGCUUUCCUCAUCAGAUUUGGCUCUCUGCUGAUGAAGGAACUUCACAGGACUCCACACAUUUUAGAGCUUGGCUCCGCCUCCUUCCACCAAAGUGCAGUGCAUUACCUGUGUGAUGACCCUGACUGGGCGUGGCAGCUGUGGCUCAACCUAUCCAAUGGGAGCACAGUUACUCGUCUCGCUUUGGUCAAGUGGGUCAAAGAGGGGCGGGGCUGGAGAGGAAGCCGCCUACAGCAUGAGCUGGUGAAGGCACUCCAGGGCAGUCUGAGACAGGCACUCGUUGAUCAGGAUAUUGAGUACAAGGGAGCAUACUUAUCAGCGUUGGUGGAAGUCAUGACCCCAGACAUGUUGAGCGCAACCAGGUCUCAGCCUCUCGUAUUCAAGCUUGAAGAGGAAGAGCUUCACCUGUGUGUUCAUCUCCUCCUGGAGGAUCUGGAGGGAAGCCGAGGAGGGCCAGAGCUCCUCUCUCAGAGCCUGUGUGUUCUGUCUCUGCUACUUUCUCCAAGCACUGACAUGGCUAUACUGCAGCGUUGGUGUGUGUUAUUAGAAACACACAGAUGUGCUGAGGCUCCUGAAGCUCUGCGAUUAGCCUGUGCCCAGGCUCUGCUUCUGACUGGAGCUGCGAUAGUGACCAGCAGCCUGAUGAGCUGCACUGCUCUGAAAGCCCUCAGUACCAGGCUGAUCAGUACAGGUGUUCACCUACUGCAGGAUCAGAGUCAGCAAGUGAGAGCCCAGGCGGCUGUCUUUGCUUCUGUCAUCUCAAACUCUCAGGCAGUCUCAAGCACCCAAUCACUACGUAUGCUGUUGGACCUGCUACUGGGGGAAUUCUGGGAUAGCAAGGGCACUUUGGAGGCUUUGGUGUGUCACUUGCCAGACUGGGAUAUUAGAAGUGUACUUCAAGAGGCAAAGCUCACACAAUGCAGCAGUCUGUACGAGCAGGACAACGCAAACAUGUAUUUGGAGCCUUCUGUGAUUACUGAGACCGUGCUGCCGUAUUUACUUUGCCUGGCGAAACGGUACCCAGAAUCCUCUGUUCUUGCCAAGCUCCUGGAUCAGUGGGAACAAGAAAAUACGGUCUGUGUCAGAGAAAACCUCCAAAUCUGUGCCAAGCUUCAUUUGGGUGACACUCUGGAUCCUGAUUGGCUGAGUGUGCUGAUGGAGCCACGUUUCCAUGGCGCCCUUUGUGGGCUGUACGCCAAGGCUGCCUUUCUGCUGCAGUUCCAAAACGUUUCCAAAAAAGCUCGACCCCUGGUUGAACCUUCAUUCUUAGCUCAGGACCUGCUGGAUUUACACACGCGGCUCAGCCUGCGUGGAGUUUAUAUCCCAGACAGUUUUAUUAACGCCGUCGGAACAGAACGGGUGUAAACUGACGCAAGGGGUUUUGGGGGAUUGUUGUAUUGUUACCUUGGGGUAUUAGUGACUAUAGGGUUACCUGGAUCUACCUCUAUUCCAGAUAAAGUAGAAGAAGUGAGUCAGUAUUGCGUUGAUGAUUGAAUGUUGUUGUGGUUCUGAAUAUCAGGAAACAUCGCUCUCCUUCCUUCAGACAGAGAUGUGUGAAAGGCUAUAUAUCAGAGUGGGAGUCGGAUAACAUCCAGUGGAUGAAGGCCACUUUUUAAUUUAUUUUAUUUUAAUAAUGUCACAUUUUUUAAAAUUGUAUGCAAUUACAGGCAUCAGAGCAGGGGUGUCCAAUCUUAUCCGCAAAGGGCCGGUGUGGGUGCAGGUUUUCGUUCCAAGCAAGCAGAAGCCACACCUGAGUCUACUGAAAGCCAAGAUCAGUUGAUUAGCCAGUUGGAAUCAGGCAUAGCUUCUGCUUGGUUGGAAUGAAAACCUGCACCCAAACCGGCGCUUUCUGGAUAAGACUGGACACCCCUGCAUUAGAGUGUGUAUACAUUUGUGUGCUUGUGACUUACACAAUGUGAGAAAGCACCAGCGACUGAAAUACGUAUGACUAAUAUCCUAAAGGUGAAGUGUGUAACGUUUUAAAAAGCAUGUAAUCACAGAGAGAUCUUAAAAAACACUGUGAUCUGGAUGAAGCUAGUUUUACACCCAGAAAUGAGCUCCAUCCCCCUCCAUCCAGCUGAUUCAGAGCGUCUCAGCACUGCUCAGUUUCACAAAAAGACAGCUCAUGCUUAAGUAAUGUCAUCUCUGAAUUUGCACGGCUCCUAGCAGGCAGCUGGGGACUCUACAAUGUACAAACUUCUCCUUUAAUGAUGUUCUUUUUUAAUAACACCAUGUAGUCUGACCAUAACCAGGAAGUUGAUUUUGUUUUUAUUAUACUUUUUUAUUUUAUUUUAUUUAUUAUGUUGAUAUCUGAUCUGAUAUUUGAUAUGUGAGAAUAAUUUCUCCGAUUAAAGUUUGACUUCUAUUUUUUUUUUUAAACCUUGGUUAUUUGUGUCAAAAAAGCACCCGAGGGGAAAAACCUCCUACAGAGACUGGUACAAUAUUUGUCCCAUCUUGGACUGUAAAACUGGAAUGGAGUUAUAUUUAGGUACAUUAUACAAUGAACGUAUAUAAAACAAAUGAUCUUUUGGAAGUAAGUCACAUCAGAUAUGUUGGAAGAUUAGCGAGCUAUUUGAUUUGUGCUCUGUGUAGCAUUAUGCUACAUGGUGGAUUACGGACAAUACCAUGCCCUGGGUUUUCAGAGUGCCGUUUCCACAGAACUGGUUUCAACUGCCUUAUUCCAACCCACACUAUCUCCUCCGGCUUUUAUAAACCGCAUUCACAUCCCAUUUUCUUCUCUCUCCCUCUCUCUUCCGCGUUUGUACUACGCCUCUAUACUCGUUCAUUCUCCCCCUUUAUUUCCCUCCUUCACAUAUCUCAUCCCUCUGAAUUAGCGUUUAGAGUCUGAUCUGGUUUCCUCAGCAGUGGAUGGAGUGCUUGUAUCAGGCGGUGAUGUAAUCUUCGUGGCAGCAGCAGGGAUGGAGUUGGAUAAGUGAAUCAGCAGGGGAAUACAGCAUGCUUUAGGCCUCAUUACAGGCCCAUCUGCCAGGUGAAGAGUCACUUAGUGUCCACAGCAAGAUUUAUUUUUCCUUCCCAAUUACUUCUUAGCACCUCUGGGUUUCGGGUAUGGGAACAAUGUUUAGACGAUAAGAGAUUCUUGUUCCCCACUAAGUCUAAGGAGUUAGAAAAUUGUGGCAACUUCUAGAAAUACAGUUUUAUCUACAUUUAAAAUAAUUUGUAGAUGGUAGAUGGUCCAGGAGUCAGGAAAAUGGGUGACUUGCUAAACAUGGUGACCCUAGAGAGGGAAAGAAACCAUUUAGCUUGAAUUUUAUGGAGUGUCAUUGAUUCACACACAAAAGAUUCAAGAGUUUUAUUGUCAUAUGUACUAGUACAAUGAAAUUGUUUACCUUGUUUACUCCUCUCGAGAAUGACAGGGUAGAAGGGGGGUACAAG